AUGAAAUACAACAAGAAACAAGAACACAGAUCAAAAAGAAAGAAAAGUGAGACAAAUGACGCCAGCGAUGGUGAAUUACGAGAUAUCAGCCAACAAAGCAACUAUGAAUUUAUUGAACCUUCUAAUGGUGUGAAUGGUGACCAUGACACUUAUACUGCCACGAGUAUUGGUCAUGAUAAUACUCAGUUCAGUGGUGUAAAUGGAAACUGGAAGUCAUGGACAAGCUGGACAACGUGUAGUGCUUCCUGUGAUUCUGGCUUUAAAACAAGAAACCGCACUUGUAGUUGUAAUUAUAAUACAGAAAGGUAUUUUUGGUAUAACUGCAAUGGAGAGUCCUUUGAAGUAGUUAAAUGCAACACUGGAAGAUGUAGAGUAAAUGGAAACUGGGAAUCAUGGCAAAACUGGACACCGUGUAGUGCUAGUUGUGAUUCUGGCUUUAAAACUAGAAAACGCCUCUGUAAUAAUCCAGUACCAUCAUCUAGUGAUUCAUACUGUAAUGGAGAGUCCUUUGAAGUACUUAAAUGCAAUACUGCAAGAUGUAGAGUUGAUGGCAAAUGGGGAAGCUGGAAUAUAUGGUCAGUAUGCGAUGCAACUUGUGGUGGUGGUGUGAAGAAGCGUACACGUAAUUGCAACAAUCCAUGUCCUUCUGCUGGUGGGUCUUCGUGUUCAGGAAUGGCAGAAGAAACGUUAUUUUGCGCCAAGAGUAAAUGUCCUGUCAAUGGCGGCUGGACAGAUUGGAACGUUUGGAGCUUAUGUUCGUUCUCUUGUGGUUCAGGAAAUAGGAGAAGGACUAGACUUUGUAAUAAACCUGCCCCCUCUUAUGGUGGAAUUAUUUGUAACGGAAAUACUUCAGAUGUGGUUUCUUGCAAUUCACAUGGAUGUCCUGCGAAAAGGAAUAUCAAUGGAGGUAACAGCGAAAGUCUUGCUGAAUUACAACACGAUCAACAUGGCUAUGAUCGCCCAGUUCGGGUUAAUGGCAUACAAAGUAACGUUUAUGACACCUUCAAUACUGAGAGUAAUGUUUCUGAUAAUACACAAUGCAUUGCUGACAGUGUGAAUACCGGUGAAUAUGCUAAUAUUGUAUGCAAUGACGACAAUAUGGAAACCAGUGCACAUGCAAAAAGUCCAUGUAACGCUGAGAAUAUCGAAACCGGUGCACAUGCUAAUAUUCCAUGCAGUGCUGAUAAGGUUGACAAUGUAUACGAGAAUCUGAAAAUUUUCUAAAGCUGUUUUACUCAACGUACUUAUUUUAAACUGGUAGUGUUAUUCUAUUUACAUUCAGACAGUUAAACUAUAACAUUAUCAAAAUACCGUUGAUAUGAAUUGAUAUGAAUUUCCAGUAUAUAAGAAAUACUUCCACAGUCUUGAAUCAACACCGGCGUAUUUAUCGUCUUACUCUCCAGGAUGGGUUUAGCUCAUUGUUGACGGUACAACGAGUUAUUUUUUUUUUUUACCCUUUAUUUCCCGAAUAUAUUUGCAAAUUGACCAAUCUAUUAAUACACCCAUGAUAGAUAUAAUUUUAACUUUAACCUACAAGGCAUGAAUAUGUUCAGAUUUCUUUCUUAUGAAUAUCAGUAUGAUAAUCAGAUAAGAGCGAGCCGAACGUAGCGGAGAAUGGAUAUGACAUUUGUGUAAAGUGAGCCGAUCAACAUCGUCCAAAUUAUAUUUCUUAAUUGUUUCAUCGUCCACAAUUUUUUUUUCCAAUUUCGAUCAGUAUUUUAUGUUUGAUGAAAAACCUCUGCAAAUGUAAUUAGGUUUGUUUGAUAUGCAUUUGUAGUUGUCAUUAUUGGAAACUACCAGUCUGAGAGUUCUUGCUGUUUUCUAAAUGGAUCGGUAGUUUAUUUCCGAGAUCCUUUUUUUGUUUUUUCUACCUUAUACUACAGUGUGAAGGGUCAGUUUGGGUUAUGUUUCUUAUCCUAACAGGUUCCUCGUUAUUGUCUUUGACGUAUUUUAUCCAGACAUGUGGGGAACAACCGGUUGAACGUGUUCCAUUGCAUGUAUUUUGUUUUGCACUUUUUUUAUACUUUGAGGACUGGGCGAAUCAAGUGAGUGAGUGAGUUAGUAUGUUUUUUUUUUUUUAUUGUAUAAUGAUUUUGGAAAGUUAUAUCUGUCACGGCCUAGCGGCGGAACUGGAUAGGCAAAUGCUCACAUUAGUAUGUAUCGAUACGGACUCCAAAAUGCACUCCUUUAUAUGUCAUAAAUCAUGGUGCUGCUUUGAAUUAAAGAAUACAGAAACCAAAAUAUUAAUGUUAUAUAUAAUUAAAUCAUGUUAUUUUAACUUUGUUGAAAAAAUUACGCAACAGUAUGAUAUUACGAAUUAUUUUGAGCAUUGUUUGCAUGCAUCAAUGUCAAUUGAAGUUUCCAUAAACAUUUUGCUAUAUACACAGUCAUGCUUUUGAUUAUAUGCUGAUCACAAAAUAUGUAGAUAGAUUUAGCAAUGAAUAAAAAAAACAAACUUAUUGAUAACUUUGUAUUAAAGCAUGGUCGGUAUUUUUCAAGAAUCAUCUGUAAGUUUGUUUUUUUUAAAUAUAUAAGACGAAAUACACGGUUUACAGUUUUGUAUUUAUGAAGAGCCGUCAGUUAAGUUUUUAAAUCAUUACCUUGUACAAACGUUGUAUAUAUAGAAUACAUGUACAUUGUUUUCAAAUUUAAACAGGUCGCUUUCAUAAUGUGAACAGAUAUUAAAAAUAUUGUAUAUACUAAUAAAAAAAAUAAUUAAUUGGAGAUGAGUGUCCCUUUCUUUAAAGAUGUGAAAAAUUUGAGUAUAUACAUAAAAGAUAUAUUAAAAUUAGUUUAAAGAAACCAAUCAACGUUAAAACGUGUGCAGUUUUUAUAAGAAAAAAAUGAAGAUGAACUGAAGAUUUUACGGAGAUAAUUGUUUGUUUUUGUUUGCUGCAAAAAUAACACGUUGUUAUUCAUUAAUGUUGUAUGUCAUGCUACGCUAAUGUUUUUUUUUUAAAUUCCAUAUCGACAUAAUUUGGUAUUUUAUACUGUUUAUAUAUGUAUG